GCAGGUAGAGUUUUAGUUAAGCGAGAAAAUCGCUUGGACAAUGUCGGCCAAACCUAUUCUCUACUACGCCCCCCGCAGUCCCCCCUGUCGUGCUGUUCUGCUGACCGCCGCCGCCUUGGGCCUGGAGUUGGACCUACGUGCCGUCAACGUGAAGGCCGGAGAGCACAAGUCCGAUGAGUUCCUCAAGCUAAAUCCCCAGCAUACGAUCCCCGUGCUCGAUGAUAACGGCACUGUCGUGAGCGAUUCUCACAUUAUCAUCAGCUACUUGGCGGACAAGUAUGCCCCGGAGGGCAAUGACUCUCUGUAUCCAAAAGAGCCGGAGAAGCGACGGCUGGUCGAUGCCCGUUUGUACUACGACUGCGGCCAUCUGUUCCCACGCAUCCGAUUCAUCGUGGAGCCAGUGAUCUACUUCGGAGUGGGGGAGGUGCCCGCCGACCGUGUGGCCUAUCUGCAGAAGGCCUACGAUGGACUGGAGCACUGCCUGGCUGGAGGGGACUACCUGGCGGGCGACCAGCUGACCAUCGCGGAUCUCAGCUGCAUCGCCUCCGUGUCCACCGCCGAGGCCUUUGCGCCCAUCGAGGCGGACCAGUUCCCCCGCCUGGUGCAGUGGGUCAAGCGACUGCAGGCUCUUCCCUACUACCAGAAGAACAACCAGGAGGGUCUGGACUUGCUGGUGGGCCUGGUGAAGGGUCUGAUCAACGAGCGUCAGCAAAAGUAACCCCAGACAGAGUUUUAACAAUUUUUCUUUAUUAAAACAUGUGUUGGUAACUUCAAAAAUAUCUUUUCUUUUAUUCAAGAUUUUAUACCUAUCCACUAAACUGUUCCAUUAUUCCUCUUUUUUUUUUUUGAUAGAUCAUAAAUAAGAUCAUAAAUAAGAUCUUUAAGAGUACACAUAAUAUAUAUGUAUAAUUAUAUUAAAGGAAUAUAUUUCCCUAACCUCUGUAUUGAUUGACUUUGAUAUAUCAUUAACAAUGAUUAUAAUCACUGUAACUAUUAAAGGAAUAUAUUUCCCUAA